GCGCACUUAAAGCUCCUGACAAAGCAGAGUUCAGACCUGAAGCUCCAGCGUACAGGCUGAGAGCUCGGAGCUGUCCUGGGUGCUGAACAUCUGCUGCUGGAUCAACAUCUUCAUUAUCUGUCCUCAUUUGCGGCAACAGGAAGUAUCUUGAUGAGUGAAUCCCCAAAAGAAGAAGUGCUUGGUGACACAAGACAUUAAGAUAGAAGCUCUUCCAGUAAAUCAACAACUUACUGCAACACAGCCAAACCGUUUGAAGUGAUUAACCAAAAAAACGCUCUGUGAAGCACCACAACGCAGAUCAUUUACAGCCUGCGAGGACUUUGAUUGAUCUAUGGAACAUCUGCAGCCGCUCCAUUGAGAUUUAUACGUAAGUUUGUAAUCACAAUAAAUGCAUCUCUAAGGCUGCUAUUGGACGACACUUAAAAUAUUGUCAAAUAAAGUGAGGACCUCGAAGAUGGUUUGAGUUGAAGCAGUCACCUCAGUUCUCGUAUUUUCUGCGUCUCUUGGGAGAAAAAGAGAGGACCAGUAAAAUCUAAUUAGACCUCAGUGAGCAUGCCUCGGCUUGCUGCUCGGCUCAUCAGGGGGCUUAUUUGUUUGCAAGACUGAUUUGCCAAGUGUUAUCUCGACUGGAGCAUUUUCUCUGUCCGGUUUGUGGGAAACUCUGUGAAUGACCUCUGUCAGAUUUCACAAUGUGAUCGCUCUCUGGGUUUAGAAAUCACGCUUGCUAAUAAAGAUGACCCUGCAAAGCCAUGCUGCUCCUCAUAGCUUCUGACCGCAAAAUAACACAGUGAACGAUUUAAACCUCUGAAGCAUUACCUGACUUUCAAGAUGAGCGACUCAAACUACUGGGUUGUGGACUAUGAGAUCACCUCUCCUGCUCCGCCCGGGUUCCCCAGGGGCCCGACGGUGGAGCAGCCCAUGCCGGGGCACCCCGAGCAGGGAUCAGCCCUCUGUUUCGUUGGCCUCCUGGUGCUGCUGCUGCUCUUUCUCAUCAUUCGAUGCAUCCGUAUCUUAUUGGACCCCUACAGCAGCAUGCCCUCCUCCUCAUGGACGGACCACAAGGAGGGACUGGACAGAGGACAGUUUGAUUACGCACUGGUGUGAAGAUGAUCGGAUGAUGGGGGAGAGGGAUUAAUUUGGAGAUAUGUAAAGGUUAUUUAAAGGGAUUUUUGAUGGGAGCUGAAAAGAUGAGCAGAACAACCCUUGAAGCCCCAGUAUCUCUGGAAGUAUUAUGUUCAGAGAGAAAAAGAACGAACAUACCAAAGGUCCUGCAUUCAAUUUCAUUAAUUCAUUUUGUGUAUUGUGUUACACUGAAGCUUUUAUAGCACCACACCCUGCAGGAAGAGAGCGAUCAGUAUCGCCGUAUUACAUUAUGACCCCCAUUUGUCAUGUCAUUUUUAAUUGUAUAAUGUUUUUACAAAUCCCAGGGCCGCAUUAUAAAUGGAGCACGGAGUUGCUGCGAAAGAGGUCCUGAUUGAAUAAAAAUAAAUGAAAUGAGUUUAGUGCAGACAUUGAAGUUGUUUGGACAUGCUCACUGUUACAGACAAUUUAGAAGAUGUGGUUUUACUGUCAAAAUAUAAACAUGAACGUUUUAAACCUUUUUGGAGGUGCAGCUGAACCAACAAUUAAGAAGAUGUCAUAGUUUCUCUGGAACUUUUAUUUAUUUUUAAAUGUGAACCAUGCUGGAAAUUGUGAGGCAUUUGAACCACCUCUAACAUGAUUCUCAGGUAAAAAGAUUUCUAACUAACAAAUGCUUCUAUAAUAUGAAGGAAAGGCUUGAAUAGCUUCUUAAAGUUUAUAUAGUUAUUAUUCUCUAUGUUUUUUGAGUGUCCUAAAUUCCAAACACAUCCUAUUAUAAAAGCUGAAGGUAAUAAUGCAUAACAGUUAUAUCAAAAUAUUUUAUUUGGGGUUUUGCUGUUACCUGUUGCUCUCCCUUUAAGAGGCUUAUGAGGCUCAGGGUCACAGCGCUGACUCAAUAUGUGUCAUAUAAAGUUAGGAUUAUGAAAUGCAUGUACACCGAUUUCCAACCCCUAAUCCUUUUUUUGCCUUUAGUUCCGUCCACCAGCCAAAUCGGUUCAACAGUGCCUAGGAAUAUGAGAAAGCUAAUAUAGUUCUUAUUAUUGUCACUGCUCCUUUUGCCACUUUUUUUGUAAUAUUGUUUCUUCCCUGGUUAUACUGUAAAGUCUUCUCUGUAUAAAUAAAGUUUAGGAUUGAUAUUUUACUGGUUUGUCAAAAAAGAGAUUUGUUUGAUUAUUUAUGACCGGAUGACUGUUAAUCAAUAGCAAACUUUUGUAUAAGGUCCCUCUUCCUGGAUGUAGACUCUGGUAAAGAGGACAUACUUUCCUUAUG